GCGCAAGGCGGAAGACUCCGAGAGACUUCGCGCAGAGUACCAGCAACUGCUGCAGGGCAUGCAGCUGCAGCAGCAGCGGCGGCAGCAGCAGCAGGAGCAGCAGCAGCAAAACUCGCAGCAGCAGGGACAGCAGCAGCAGCAGCGGCGGCAGCAGCAGCGGCAAGGACCCGUGGUGUCUGUGGAGACACUUCAGGCCCUUGCAAAUCCCGUGCUGCCUUCUGAUAUUGUUGAAGAGGCUAUUCCUGGCAGCAUCAGAAGGGCAGAGCACUUUGUGGCGCUGAUGCGGCGAGUUAUUGCCUACCUCAAAAUCUACAUCAAGGUUUACGACCUCAAGAGCGAAGGGCCCCUCUCUUUUCUCUUCAAUUUUGAAAAAGAAUCUCUUGUGGAAGGAUCGCUUUUAAAACACUUUCAUUCUAGACUCAAAGCACUGCUCCUCGCGCUGCAAGUGACGGACUUGGAAAGGCUUUUGCCAUUAACCCUCGUCGCGGACUUCUGCACCCUUGUGGGCACUUACUGGGACGGGUUCAUCGUAAUAGUGGACCCCUACCCCGAGGCCUCGGGGCUGCACGACCCGCUGCUGCAGCUCUGCUGUCUAGACGCCUCGCUGGCCAUGCAGCAAGUUUUGUCUCGAUUUAAAUCUGUCAUUUUAACAUCCGGGACAAUAUCCCCUCUCGAACUAUACCCCAAGAUCCUCUCCUUCGUCCCUCUCAUUGCCGAGUCCUUCCCGGUCUCCAUGGAGCGCGCGUGCUUCUGCCCCAUGAUUGUUGCCAGAGGAGCUGAUCAGGUACUCAAACCCUAA